UAAAUCCUUCCACCCUGACGGCGUGUUGAGCUUCAUGAGUGUCUUGUUAUUUUCAUUUUAUUAAUUAUUUUUUUUUAUUUCUGCAGCUACAACAAAAUAAAGAACUCGGCGUCUCAUAAGGAAUAGCGUCGCUUUUGGAAGAUUUCUUUGAGAUGGCAAAAGGGAAGAAAAAUGUGCUGAAAAUGAGCAAAACACCAGGAGAGAUUGCUGAAAACACGACCAGCUCACAGGCGGAAACAAAGGAGAACGAACCACAAACUACCCAGGAAUCUGUGGGGAAAGCGGUUCUCCAAGGUCUGCGUGUUCCAGGAAAACCUAGAUCUCCACUGAGUGACAGUUCCGGUAUGCUGAUUCAGGAGGGGAAUGAUUCUGAUGCAGCGAAUCCUGAUCCAGCGAAAAUAAAGCAAGAUACAACCAGUAAAGCCAAAUCUGAGAGCUGCAGCUCCAAAGAGCAGAAACCUGUUGGGCCGUGCCAAAGCGAGGCUAAAAAAACAGACACCGAUAAACUUCCACAAAAAGGGUCUAGCGCCAAAUCAGAAGACAAGCCUGCAACAGAUCCUGGGGUUCCGGCAGCCAAGCCUCGCAGUAAAAACGUCUGGAGGCCUGGAGCAAAGAAGACAGAGAAGAAAGCUCUCCAAAACAAGAAGGUCACAGAUUAUUUUCCCGUCAGGAGAAGUAACAGAAAAACUAAAACGGAGAUAAAGAGUGAAGAACACAAAUACAUUGAUGACCUGCUAAAGAAUGGCACUGAGGAAGGAAUGGAGGUUAAACACAUAGAAGGAAAAGGAAGAGGAGUAUUUGCUGUCAAGGCUUUUAAGAAGGGAGAUUUUGUUGUUGAGUACCACGGCGAUCUGCUGGAACUCGCUGAGGCCAAAAAGAGGGAAGCACAGUAUGCAGAGGACCCUAAAACAGGCUGUUACAUGUACUACUUUCAGUACCAGACUAAAACCUACUGCAUAGAUGCUACGAAGGAAACAGGCCGUCUCGGACGCCUGGUGAACCACAGUAAAAAUGGAAACUGCCAGACAAGGCUCCACCCGAUCGAUGGGACGCCUCAUCUGAUCUUAGUGGCAUCCAAAGACAUCAGCAUAGAUGAGGAACUGUUGUACGACUACGGUGACCGGAGCAAAGCGUCCAUCUCUGCACACCCUUGGCUCAAACACUGAAAGGUUGAUCACACUGGAAUAUGUGUGAGCUGUACAUAAAAAGCUAUGGAAAGUCUUUAAAAAUCCUUUUUGUUUUGUUGCCUUGACAUGCCUGAAGCAAAGCUCAAAGCUGCAACACUUGAAGUGUUUUUUUGUUUUUUUUUUCAAAAUGUGCUUUUAAUGUUUUAAAUUUUUCCUGAAUGAAUUGUGAGGUACGGAUGCUUAUCUUACUGUUAUAAAACACCUGAAUUGAACACAGAGGAAUUGAACAGUGGAGUUUUACUUUUAACAUUAGCAUUAUAAAUGCUGAAAGAUAUAUAAAAAAAAAAAAUCCUCUAAUUCAGAAUCUUUAUUUCAGUGUCGGAUCUAUUCACAUUUUUAUUUCCUUUUUUACUUUGACUGCUGCUGCUGUAGAAAUACCUGCUGUGACAACAUUUCAGCCUUAAAUUAUUAAUGUCACUUAAAGAUCUUUGGGUUUUACUGACCCGUUUCUUGGAAGUAGAAGUAAUUUUGUGUUCGGAUAGACCAGGCUAUGCUGGCUGGAUUUUGAGAUUUUGGAGGGAGUGAAAUGUUAGGGUGCUAAUAGAGGCCUUUCAACCACAUACUAGGAGCUUGUUACAAAUUAUCCAAAUCUCAAUGAAAACAGUAAUUGGAAGAAGGGUUGAUUAUUUAUAUUAUUCUACAGUUGACUUGUAGUUUGGCAGGAACUUUUUUUUUUUUUUUUUUUUUAAGAAAUAGUAAAUAUUUUAAGUCUUUCUACAUUGGUUUAUCUACUCUUUUCUGAUUUCCUUUGUAGAAAUCCAACUUGAAAAUUUUUUUAAAUCUAUUUCUGUAUGAAUACAUUUGAGGUAAAUUGUACAUAUAUUCAAGUUUUGUAUCGUAUAACUUAGGUGAGAAACUGUCUGGACUGAUCUGACAAAUUAAAAGUGUUGAACAGAGAAAUAAAAAGUUCAUAGGAA